AUGGCCAUUAAGAAGUGCGUCUCAAUCGUUGGUUCCGGCAAUUGGGGUUCGACAAUAGCAAAGAUUGUCGGGAGGAAUGUUUUGCAGAUGGAAUCUUUCGAAGAUCAGGUGCGGAUGUGGGUUUUCGAAGAGAUAAUCAAUGGUCAGAAGCUCACUGAGUUGAUCAACAAGGAGCACGAAAAUGUGAAAUAUCUUCCUGGCGUAAGGCUUCCACCGAAUGUUGUUGCUUUGCCUGAUCUUGAAAGCUGCUGCCAGGGCGCUGACGUUUUGAUCUUUGUCCUACCUCAUCAAUUCCUCAAAAAUGUAUGCCAGGCACUGAAACCACAUCUGAAACCUGGAUGCUAUGGCUGUUCGUUGAUUAAAGGUUUAAACAGAGUGCCUGGUGUGGGAGUGAGCCUGUUGACAGACCUUAUUCGAGAAACGCUUAAUAUCCCCUGUGCAGUUAUGAUGGGUGCGAAUUUGGCUUCGGAAGUGGCCCAGGAGAAGUUCUGCGAAUCUACAGUUGGAUCUUUAGAUCGGUCACGGGGACUGGAACUGAAAGAACUCUUCGAGACACCAUACUUUCGCAUUUCCGUGAUCUCUGACGAGAUAGGCGCAGAAUUGUGCGGUGCCCUUAAAAAUAUUGUCGCCAUUGGUGCUGGGUUGGGCGAAGGCCUGGGCUAUGGAGAGAAUACUAAGGCUGCGAUAAUUCGUCUGGGUUUCAUGGAAAUGAAAAGAUUCAUCUUCCAGUUCUUUAGUAAGAGGGGUCCACAAGAGUCGACUUUCCUAGAGAGCUGCGGGGUCGCUGACCUAAUUACCACCUGUUAUGGCGGUCGUAAUCGCAAGAUUGGUUUUGCACUUGCCACCACUGACAAGUCGGUGGUCGACCUUGAGGCAGAGCUUCUUGGCGGCCAAUCGGCGCAGGGUGUGCUAACUGCCGCAGAGGUCUUUGCGAUGCUGCACGAUCGUGGUCUGGAGGCCGAAUUUCCCAUCUUCACGAUGGUGCACCGUAUCUGUCAACGGCAGGAGAAGGCGAACGUCUUCAUUGAAUGCCUUAGGCGUCAUCCGGCCCACAUGUGCUUCUAUCGCUCUUUAGGAAACAAUUGCCGUGCGUUCUGUGAUGAGGUAGACGUUCACUUCAUGCCUGCGUUGUGUGUGAUAAAGGCACGAGAACAAAUGGUAUUUCUUGAUCAUGUCACGUGA